CCCCCCCCCCCCCCCCCCCCCCCCAGACUGUUACAGACAGACACUGCCCCCGUCACAGAUCGUUACAGACAGGUGAUAUCAGCGUCACAGACCGUUACAGACAGUUGAUUCUCUCUUCACGGACCGUUACAGAUAGGUGAUUCCCCCGUCACAGAUUGUUACAGAUAGUUGAUUCUAAUGUCACAGAUCGUUACACACAGAUGACUCCCUCCCUCCUCACGGACUGUUACAGACAGGUAAUUCUCCGUCGCAGAUCGUUGCAGAUAGGGUUUUGCUGCUGUAAGAAACUAUAAGAAGCAGACUUGCAACCUACGAAACACUAAUAUAGAUACGGUGUGGGCCUGCCUGAAAGCAGAACAGAAACGAUGAGUAGCCGUUCCUAUCUAUACGACAGUAAGUAUACAGGUGUCCUACAGAAUGAAAUCAAACGUAUAUAUCCAAGAGAUGAGUACAGGCAAUUGUAGUUAGUGAAAAAUAAAAAAUACCAUUGAACCCUACACGGUAAAGCCACUGAAUACGAAUGGUUGCUAAAAACUUCUCGUCUCUAUUUUAUCACGCUUUGAAAAAACUUAUCCAAGUUAAACCAUGAAACACAUAAAAAACUAUCGAUUUUAUUGAGAAAACGUUUUCGUGAAGGCCGCAAAUACAAAAACAAUCAGAAAAAUUCGGAGAAUCAUAUUAACGUCACUGUUGAACAAAUAUAUAUGUUGUCUUAUUGAUAACAUGAUAAUUUGUAAUUCGAUCAAGUGAAUUAGAUAUUACUUUUGUAUCGUUUUGUGAAACACGAUCUGAAAGAAGUGUUGAAGUAUUUAAGGGUAGAAAUUUGGCCCCCCCGCCCCCACAGACCGUGACAGACACGACUCAAGGGUCAUUAUAGGCUGUGAUAGAUGACUUCAAGGAAAUAUCAGAUAUAUUGCAUAACUAACAUAUGAUUGAAGCAUAUAUGGCGUAUUAUCCUGUUGAAAGUAUAUAAUAUAAGGUAAGCCAUUAUGAAAUGUACAUCAGUAUGCAUACAAAAACAACAGCUUUUAGAAAAUCGGUUAUAGCAGCUACAUCGUGUUUCACAUUUUUAAUCCCGCAAGAAAUUGCGCUAACAGCUUUUUUUGGUGUAUCAAAUUCUCAAUUACGUGAACAUAGUUAUUGGUUUAUAAGGCCAAAAUCAUCGGAAGAAGCUCAUAAAAAACGAGACAAUCUAGGUGAUUUUAGUGAUAUCACUAAUAUUGGUAACAUGGACGGCGGAGCCAUUAGGCUUGGGGAGGCUCGAGUCUCCCCUAAAAUGGCAUAA